CUGGCAUUGGCGCGUAGAUUGACCUUAAUGGACAAUGAUUGCCUACGGCGAAGGGAAGCAAUUCCUUAUAGAGGGGAAGAGCUGUACUUUGUUUGACGAUCAAGAAAAAGCUUGUGAAGUUAACAGUGAUAAACUUUUGAUACCGUGGUGGGGGGAUAGGUCCAUUUUAAUUGACAGGUUUGAUGGACGCGGUUAUCUCACUGAAGUCUGCGAGGAAAACCCUGAUUGUGAUCUGAAAUAUGAAGAUUAUUUAUCUGAAGAAGAGGUUGCCAUUGAAAAAAUGUGUGAUUUUGAGCGUUAUUUGGAGAUGCAAGUCGACGUCCAUGAACUCGCAAUUCAAGAUGGUGAGUAUUCUUUUGACAAUUAUAUUUUAAUAUAUUCUACAAUACCACCUUUGCUGAUUGUUAAUGUGACCCCUUAGCUUUUGAAUCGAUGUCCAUUUGGUAAAACGCGUAUUACUAACAGUUUCGUCCUAACUUGGUUUUUUUUGGGCUGCAACAUGCAAUACGAGCCUGAAGAAGCUCGGAAACGUGAAUCUGAGAAAUCUCGUAAUCCUUAUGCAGCUGUUGGUUUUUCUUACGAUGAAAAUGCUCCUGAUGGAAAUGGUGACGGAUCACCCAGUGAUAAAAAAACAUCAGGUGAACUCAGUAAUGAUGAACAACAAACUGAAGAACCAUAUGUUUGUCCUCCUGAACUACAACAAUUUCUGUCAAAUGUCCAGCUUCCAGAAUUUGACAAACAGGCUCAUAUAAUUGAAAAAACUGCUGUUUUUGUCGCUCGACAGGGGAGUCAAAUGGAAAUAGUUCUUAAAGCAAAGCAGCAUAAUAAUCCACUAUUUGGUUUCUUAAACUAUGAUCAUUCGCUUAACCCAUUUUACAAGGAAAUUGUGAGAUUAAUUUCCAAAGGUCGUUAUAUCCCGAAACCUCGUCAGACUGUAGAUAAACCAACUGGCACACUUUUCACGCAUACAAAUGAGUCAAAUAAAUCAAUUCAUGAAGAUGUAUACGAAUUGAAGCUGCCCAAAGUUGAUAUAUCAAAUACUCCUUAUGCUUCACUUAUCUCAAAGUUCAAAAAAAUUAAUGAAACCGCUGCAGCGAUUGCCGCAGCAAAUCGUACAAAUGUCAUUUCUGAUAUACAAUCCCCUGUUGCUACUCCUGAUGCAGUAACAGAAACAGAACGUCCUCCAUCUAGUUCUGGUGAGGUUGAUAUUAAUGCACAAAUUAGUUCUGAAGUUGAUGAUAAACCUUCAGACUUUGAAAAAGUGAAAACACCUUCACCCCAAUCUGAUCAUCAACCUGAAGUUGUUUUAACUUGUGAAAAUCCUGAUGAUGUUUCAGUCGGUACUUCGGAUAACACUAAAUCAGAAUUAAUUGAUCCUUUAUCUCCUGAGGAAUACGAGCGUAUCUAUCAGGAAUAUUAUAAACAUUACUAUGCACACUACUAUACACAUUACUCCAACCAAUGGGCUAUAUGUGGACAGAUCAAAGAUGAACAAGUCAAUAUUGUUCAAGAAGCUGCCAAAGCAGCUGCUAUAGCAGCUGCAGCUGCUGUCAACGUUGUCCAGCAAACACGUUUAAAAGCCAGUACUCCAGUCAUAUUUGAACCUCCGAUGAAUGAUGAACAGCGUGGUAUUAUAAACAAAAUGGCAGAGUAUGUUGUUCGUAAUGGUUUAGAAUUUGAAGAAUUGGUCAGUCGUCAAAAAAGUAAAGAUCCACGAUUUGCAUUUUUGAAAUCUGAUCAUCCAUUGUAUUCAUAUUACAUGGCUAAACGAAAAGAACUAGAUCCUGAUGAUAGUUUGACUAAAGCUGCAGAUGCUAAUUUCAAUGAUAUUCCUCCUCCAAGAUCACCAAAGUCACGUUCCUCGAAAAAAACAGAUUCUAUUGACAAGGCUGAAGAAUCCAAUUUUGGUCCUAAAUCAAAAAAUGAUUCUUAUAAAAAGUCUAAAUCACCGGAUUCCCAUAAGGAAACUAAAAGCAGUUCACAAACGCAUAAUUCAGAACGUCAAACCAGCAUUAGUUUCCGGUUAAGUCGCCCACCUCCCCCAUCAAAAUCUCAUUCUCAUCAAAAUAACGAAGCCUCUGCGGAGGAGAUUAUGGAUAUAAUCGAAGCUGCUGUUCAAGAGUACUCUGAAUCGAUCUCAAGUUCCAAACGAAAUAAAGAACAACUCAACAGGUCAUCAAGUAUUCGAGAAAAUGAUGUUAAAUUAAAGUCAAAAAAGCGAAGAAAUCGAUCACCCAAUAUUCAUAUUAUACCUGGUAUUCCUAGUCCCAGUUCAUCAUCUUUCUCAGAAUCAUCUCCACUUCGAGAUGAUAGUCCAUACUGUGGUGUAAAUCGUUCCUUUAGAGAUUCUACUUCUGAUUCUUUAUGUACUUCGCCUGCUAAAUCAACCGUAUCAUCUGAGCGACAUGAAAGAACUGAACUGGUACCGAAUUUUCAGUCUCCUCUCUCAUCUGUCGGUAAUAUUCAAUCACCAUAUGAGAACAAUUUAAGUUCUCCAGUGGAGUUGACAUCUAAUUCAAGUACUCAUUUGACUUCCACUUGGCCUUCAUGUGCUCUUGAAGAUUUAUUAGAUAUACAUGAACCUACAAGUCUACUGGACUUCUCUGCAGAUGGUUACCAGGUUACAAUCCCUUCAGCUAAAGAUGAGCGUUUACGAGAGGAAAGACGUAAAAAGGCUGCUCAGCUAGUUCAUCAAUUGAAAUUAACAAGUUCAAUCACAAAAACCACCUUGAACAGUAAUUCCACAAGUGUUAAACCUGUAGCAAACAGUACUUCUUCGAAGAUGACUAAUGACCGACACCGUGUAUCGCCUCCACCAGCUCCAGAUUCUGUCCCUGCAGCAGUUGCUCAUGCUGUUGUCGCUAACCUUAAACGUCGUCAAGAGGCUCUGGAAGCUGAAAAUAAGGCUCGUAAAAAGCGUCAUCGUUCACCGCCUGCGGCGUAUGCACUCACACGUAAUCGAAUACAUGAUAAAUCUCCAAAACAAUCGCCAACUCCGAAAUGGGAUGCCUAUGAUCGUGAAGUCCUUAGAGAUCGGGAGGAUCAAUAUUCUAAAUCUAUGAGAAAACAUCAUAAGAAAUCUCACUAUUGAUUGUAUUUAUGAAAACUAUUUUGUAAACACGUGUACAUAAAUUGUAUUAAUUAUUUAUGUGAAUUAGCUCUUGAGAAUGCCCAAAAGUGUGAUGUUAAAUAGGCCCCCCAAAAUUUGUUCUCCGUUUUUGUUAGAAAUAUUCGUUUUAAUACUGUUAUUAAAGAUUUCUAAAAUAAUAUGAUAUCCUUAUAAGAGUUUCAACAAGCUCCAGUCACCAUCAACGGAAGAAACUUAAAGGAAGUAGUCUUUUUCACCUAUCUAGGCAGGGCAGCACUGUUUCAACUGCAGGCGGUACAGACGAGGACGUCAAUGCCAGGAUCGGAAAAGUAAGACAGGUGUUCAUUAACCUGAAACCAGUGUGGAGAUCUUCUGCACUCAGCACAAAGCGUGAACAAGAUCCGGAUUUUCAACACCAAUGUCAAGUCAGUGCUGCUAUAUGGUUGAAAAACUUGACGCGUUACGAAAGGGAUUUCCAAUAAAUUAUAGAUAUUCAUUGACAGCUGCGUACACUGGCUCGAUACUGAAGAUCAGAUGGAUGGCCAGAAAGAAUAAGUAACAAGGGACUCUGAGAACGAACCAACCAAGAACCUAUUGCCCAACAGAUAUGCAGAAGGAAGUGGAGAUGAAUUGGGCAUGCCCUGAUGAGGCUGACUGAGGACACCACGCGCCAGGCCAGGCCAUCAUGUGGAAAUCGAAUGGGAAACGACGAAUUGAGCGUCCGAGGUGAGGGUGAUAUGGAGGAGAUGGUGUGAGGAAGAAAUGAAAGCUUGUGGGCAGUCGUGGAGCGAGGUUCAAAAGAUUGCAGAGAAGAGAGUGGAGUGGAGACGUGCUACUGAAGCUGUAUGUUCCACUAGGAACCCAACUGAUAAAUAAUAAUAAUAAGAGUUAACCUGACUUACUACCAAGCUAAUUUGCUAGGUGAAAUGUAGGAAAUCAACCUGGUUAGGUUACCUGCAUAUGAGCAGCUCAAUUAAAAAGACUGUUAAUAUUUGAGGACUUCUUUUGCACUUUGGAAAGUAAAAAGUCGUUUUCGUCUGUGAUCGAAGUUACAAUUGUUAUCGGAAGCGGGUUAAAUGAAAAUCAACAUUUUAAGUCAUCAACUGUUAAGACAAAAGUUUUCGAUUUCAACCUUUAUUUCAUGUUACUGUAUGGCUAAUGAAAACCUUACUGGACAACUUUGUCCUAUAGUUGACUAGUCAAAAUAAAAUAUCGACGUAGUUCAUGAAAACUGUAUAUAGACGGUAUACUUUUAUCGAAUGAAGUGUCUUCUUUACUGUCUUCUGAUUUUCAUGGCUAGGUUCUGUAAGAGAACAAUUGCUAUUCGUAUGUAAUCCAAGUGUCUCAUCACGUUAUUAUCCACUCAGUCAUUUCAAUCGACUCAAAAUGAAACAUCUCAACUGAAGUUAAUCGAAGUUCUUAAGCAGAAGUUGUCAAUCCAGUUGCCGUUAUCAUCUCAUUCAGAUGAAUAUGAAAAGAUUUCUAAUUCUAUCAAUGAGUUUAAUUAUGAUCCAAUAUCUGGUCUCAUAUUUGUUUCAUGCUUUGAUUGAUGUAAAGAUUUUCUUCAUAUUAAAUACUCCAUGUUCGAUGAUUUAACCGGAUUGAAAGGUAAUAUGAAAACAACAGUUGUGAAAAAACUCGUAUCAUCCUUAGGCAUGUAUCAUGGUUCUUAGACAAAUAGAAUGUAGCAUACUUUCACGUAAUAAAUUCAACACUAAAUAUAUAUUCGUACAUCUCACCGAAGCUGCGAUCGGUGUAAGUUAGCACUUUAUAUCCUUGAAAUUCUGUCAAUGAUAAAGCUACAUGGAUUAGUAUGGCUCUCCUGGUAGUUUAGUAUAUACGCAUUGUCAGACGAUGCAUAUAAGUACACCGAUCCUGAUGUAAAUUAUGUGAGAUAAUUGUGUUAUAGAAGUUUAAUGAUUACAUAUGGAAUGCUGAAAUAUAUACGUGAA